AAUAAAUAAAAAAGACUUUGAGGGAUUCCUCUUCGUUUCCCUCCUUUUUCUCGAGCUUUCGAUCUUCUCCUUCUUCGAUGCAUUCAAAACCCUAGCUCCAUUGACGGAAUUCUCAUUCCUGGCUGCUGAAAUCCCUAAUUAUCGCUAGUUUUUGGCGAAAUUUUCGUGCUGGAAGAGCCCCAGAUCUUCUUUUCAAAAUGGGAUUUGGAGCGAAGCUUGGAUUGCUGUUCAUCGCCGUCGCUGUCGGGUUUUUCUUUGCUCCGAUCGCUGAAUCGGCGGUGGCGAGCAUAGAUCUUGGAUCGGAAUCGCUGAAGGUCGCCGUUGUCAACUUGAAGCCUGGCCAGAGCCCGAUCUCCAUCGCUAUCAACGAGAUGUCGAAGAGGAAAUCGCCGUCGAUUGUUGCGUUCCACUCCGGGAACCGGCUUCUCGGAGAGGAAGCCGCUGGAAUCGCCGCUCGUUACCCUGACAAGGUCUUCUCCCAAGUCCGUGACAUGAUUGGGAAGCCUUACGGUCAUGUGAAGUCUUUCCUUGAUUCUCAGUACCUUCCUUUUGAUCUCGUUGAGGACGCGCGGGGAUCGGUCGGGAUCCGGGUAGACAGUGGAGGGCCGGUGUAUUCGCCGGAGGAAUUGCUGGCGAUGGUGCUGAGUUACGCGAUGGGGCUGGCGGAAUCGCACGCUAAGGUGCCUGUGAAGGAUGUAGUGAUCUCUGUGCCACCUUAUUUCGGGCAAGCGGAGAGGAAGGGCGUGGUGCAAGCGGCGCAGCUUGCCGGAAUCAAUGUGCUCGCUUUAAUUAAUGAGCACGCUGGCGCAGCCUUGCAGUAUGGCAUUGAUAAGGAUUUCUCGAAUGAAUCACGGCAUGUGAUCAUCUAUGACAUGGGCGCUAGCAGUACUUAUGCUGCUUUGGUUUACUUCUCGGCUUAUAACACCAAGGAAUUUGGAAAGACUGUUUCUGUCAAUCAAUUUCAGGUUAAGGACGUUAGAUGGAGUCCGGAGCUUGGCGGCCAAACUAUGGAGUUUCGAUUGGUGGAGUACUUUGCUGAUGAGUUCAACAAACAAUUGGGGAAUGGUGUUGAUGUGAGGAAGUCUCCGAAAGCCAUGGCUAAAUUGAAGAAGCAGGUUAAACGAACCAAAGAAAUUCUUAGUGCAAACACAGUUGCUCCAAUAUCAGUUGAAUCUUUGUAUGAUGAUGUUGAUUUCAGAAGCACUAUAUCUCGUGAGAAAUUUGAAGAACUCUGUGCGGAUUUGUGGGAGCAGUCCCUUGUUCCUGUCAAAGAAGUGCUUAAGCAUUCUGGUUUGAAAAUGGAUGAAAUUUAUGCAGUGGAACUCAUAGGUGGUGCCACUCGUGUGCCAAAAUUGCAGGCAAUGUUGCAAGAAUUUCUUGGAAGGAAAGAUUUAGACAAGCAUCUUGAUGCUGAUGAAGCAAUAGCACUUGGGGCAUCACUGCAUGCUGCAAAUUUAAGUGAUGGAAUUAAACUGAACCGUAAAUUGGGAAUGGUUGAUGGUUCUUCAUAUGGUUUUCUUCUUGAGUUUGAUGGUCCAGAGUUUUCAAAUGAUGAGAAGAUUGAUCUGCAACUUGUACCAAGGAUGAAGAAACUCCCCAGCAAGAUGUUCAGAUCUAUCAAGCACAGCAAAGAUUUUGAAGUUUCACUGAGUUAUGAGAAUGCUAAUGAUUUACCUCUGGGAACUUCUUCAACUAAAUUUGCUCAAUUUUUCAUAUCUGGUCUUACUGAAGCCAGUGAGAAGUAUUCAACCCGCAAUAUUUCUGCCCCCAUAAAAGCAAGUCUGCAUUUCUCCCUAAGUAGAAGUGCUAUUAUUUCUCUUGAUCGAGCUGAGGCAGUUAUUGAGAUAACUGAGUGGGUGGAAGUUCCAAAGAAGAAUGUAACAGUGGAUACAAAUAGUACGAAUACUCUUAAUUCAUCUUCUGAGGCGAGCCCUGAGAGUAGCUCUUUUGAUAGCAAUGGAAACUCGUCUGCUGAAGGUGAUGCUAAGAAUUCCAAAUCCGCUGCAGAGGAGCAGCCAAAUACAGAAGUUACUACAGAAAAAGUUCUGAAGAAGAAAACAUUUAGGGUUCCCUUAAAGGUGGUGGAUAAAUUCACCGGUUCUGGAAAGGUUCUUUCAAAGGAUUCGUUUUCUGAAGCCAAACUUAGACUUGAGGUACUUGAUAAGAAGGAUGCUGAGAGGAGAAGAACUGCAGAACUCAAAAAUAAUCUUGAAGAAUAUAUCUACUCUACGAGAGAAAAGCUAGAAGACUCCUCAGAGCUUGCUACAGUUUCAACUGAACAAGAGAUGCAAUCUUUUGGUGAGAAACUCAGUGAGGCACAAGACUGGCUGUAUACCGAUGGUGAGGAUGCCAGUGCUAGUGAAUUUAAGGAACGGCUGGACUCACUAAAAGCCAUUGGUGACCCAAUAUUUUUCAGACUGAGUGAGUUAAAAGAGAGGCCAGUUGCUUGUGAAUAUGCUCGAAUAUACCUUGAUGAGCUGCAGAAGAUUGUUAGUAAUUGGGAGAAAAAUAAAUCUUGGCUUCCAAAAGAUAGAAUAGAUGAGGUUCUAAUGGAAGCUGAAAAAGUCAAAACCUGGUUGGAUGAAAAGGAGACCUUACAAAAAGGCACUCCAAGCACAGAUGCACCAGCCUUCACAUCAUCAGAAGUAUAUGUCAAAGUAUCAAAGCUUCAAGAUAAGGUUGCAAGUGUUAACAGGAUUCCAAAACCAAAGCCGAAAAUUGAGAAACCUCCCAAGGAAGAAUCACAGAACAAAGAAAACACAACCGAUUCCUCAAACUCCACAUCUGAAAAGGAAUCCGCGUCUGAAGAACAGUCCACUUCUCAAUCAGAUCAGUCUACCAAGGAAGCAGAAGCCAAACCAAACAAUACAGGAGACGAAAUCGCUGACUCUCACGAUGAGCUGUGAUUUGUUUUAUCGUCGGCUACUACUACUGAGUAUCUAGUAUCAUAUCUAGAUGGAUUCCGACCACACUUCAGAAGUGUCGUUGCUUAUAUUGCCAAUCUCUUAUCGAUUUUUGAUAGGUAAUUGCAUAUGGCUUCCCCCCAAGAAGUUUUGGUAGCAAGAGAAGUUGUAGACUGGACCUGAGAAGGCCUGACUGAGUUCAUCCUUUUGGCUCUUUAUUUACCAUUUUCAAUGUCAAAGUCAUCAAAUCAUCCUUUUAUAGUUACACCAGACUCUACUUAUCUUAUUUAACCAGUUAUGGUUAUUCUGUACUUCUAACACUGAUUUAAGUAUACAAAGCUCAAAUUACCAGAUCUUUUCCUCACCA